AUGAAAUUUCCUAUCGUGGAUGUGUGGGCAAAUCCCUUCGCCCUUGACGGUGUGCCAGAAGCCCAGCGGCUCUUUCAACAGAGUCAUGCCGAUCCCGACUUUCUGGCUCGUCGACCGACGCCCCAGGAAUUGGUGGCCUUGAUGGACUCAGCCGGGAUGUCGCAGAUCUGUCUGGCAUCGUGGCGUCGGCCUGGCAAAGUGGUCUUCUCCAAUGACCAAGUCGCCCAGUUCACCAGGGCCUAUCCUGAUCGCAUCUUCGGUCUUGCGUCUGUGGACUUGCUGGACCCGGUGAACGCCGUCAAAGAACUCGAGCAUUACGUGGUGAACGAGGGCUUCAAGGGCUUGCGUGUCGUGCCGUGGUUAUGGGGUCUGCCACCCACUGAUGCUCAUUACUGGCCGUUGUACGUCAAGUGCAUCGAGCUCGACAUCCCGUUCUGUACCCAGGUUGGCCACACAGGCCCUCUGUGUCCGAGCGAAACGGGACGCCCGAUACCUUAUAUCGACACCAUUGCACUCAAAUUCCCCCAACUAAAAAUCAUAUGCGGCCACAUAGGAUAUCCUUGGACGGCCGAAAUGGUAGCCGUCGCCUGGAAGCAUGAGAACGUCUAUAUCGAUACCAGCGCAUAUCUUCCAAAAUAUUAUCCCACAGAACUGAUCACCUUUGCAAACACAGUUGGGCGCAAAAAGGUCAUGUUUGGGACGAACUUUCCCCAGCUCACUUGGAACGCUUGUGUAGAUAGCGUCAAGAAACACCUAUUGGGAGAAGAAGGCUUGCGGCGCGAAGUGGUUGCAGCGUUCAUGGGCGGCAAUGCGAGGCGGGUGUUGAAGCUAGAUGCUCCCUCUCCGCAGAAAGUAAGGGCCUCGCUUUGA